UCUAGUAAUAGUUGGGUGUCUUCUCUUUGGGAUGACUGGUAUGUUUUUCGGCUUGACACUAGAGUUUGCUCAGUUAUGCUCACAAGUCCUUUGUGCGUUCCUCCAAAGCCCCCUUGUUUGCUUUUCAUGUCUGUCUUGUGUUUUACUUGGUCAUUCCCCGAUGCCUUUUCUUUCAAAUUUCGUCGCUGCUAAUCUGGUAGCCCUCUCUGUCGAGUACCCCUCAGAUCUGUGUUGCGAAAUCCCUGACCAUAACCACACAUGGAAGAGAUGACUAACCGAGAAGGAGCUCUUUCUCCUCUCCCACAGCAGCCUCUCUUUCACCCGGAGCAGCAGCAACUCUUUAUCCCGGAGCUGCUCCACUGUCCUGCUUUGCUUGCCCUGUCUGGUCACGGUUAAGGAUUUUUGCUUCCUGAAUCUGUUUCUUUCUUUCUGUGUGGAUAUCUGCACCAGCGCCACCAGCAGCGGGACUUCCUCCAGCCGAUUUUGACGUGCCUGACAAGAUCGCCUGGGCCAAGAAGCUGGAGGAGAACCUGACCGCAGAUUUUACUGACGAUGGCAUUGACUGGACAAGCCAUGCGACUUUUCGUGAGCUCCAUAUUCCCGCUUUCUCUGGAAUGGAUGGCAGUCAAACAUACAUGUACAUGGGCCGCUCACUCUUCAAGGAGAUAGAAAGUUUCGUAUCGGGCUUGAGACACGGCACUUCGGAUAAGCACAACAAACCUCCAGGUGUUAUUACUGGAACUCCGGGGUCUGGGAAGACCACUGCUCUUGCUACUGUGGCGGGAUAUCUUCGGAAACUUUGGAAGAACACCUCCAAGAAGGUCGUCUUUAUCAAUGGCGAAGAUUUCGUCGACAAUCCCUUGAGGACAAUGUGGCUGGCUCUUUUGCUGAGCUACAUAAACGACCUUCCAGCCGAGCUUUCGUACCAGGGGUGGACCUUGAAAGUAUUAGAAUCUUGGAUCCUGUCGAGAUCAGAGCAGCUUUACUUUCUGGUGGACGAGUCCAACGCGUUUGACACCACGCUGAAGAGAGAACCGGGGGCUGCCAGCGCGAAAAAAAGAGACGAGGCUUACCAUUUUAUGAUGACGAUGCAACUGCAGUACGUCGUUGUCUACUGCUCGUCCGUCGGACCUCUGUGGAGGAGCAGAGUAGUGAGCGACAAAAGCCCUCCGUACAUGUUAGUCACAGGUGGUUACAACGCUGAGGAACUGCAGGCAUAUUGCGAACACGAGGUUCGUCGUGCCGGGGGGCUCCAAGCGGAGGAGGAUCCGAUUGUGGCGUAUUGCAGGCUUCCCACAAGGCAAGGCCACCGGAAGUUGAAUGCGAAACGCAUUAAGGUUGAUGGAUCUGAAGAGGAGCUGAAUUUGUCCGACAUGGAGCUCUGCUCGGAAUUCAAAAGUGAGACUGGCUGGGUUCCCAGGCUUGUCGCUCAUUACGGGACCGCGAUGCUACGGAUGACGUACCAGAUGUACGAAACUGGCGUGGAAGAGUAUAUCCAAGAGGCGGUCAAGAACCCAUCUCGCUGGAAUUGCUUCAUAGCUGUGGUCGGCGGAGUGGACACGAUUAGAACGGUGUUGCCAGACGCGCUAGACACUCGAUGCUUCUACGUGGAUGCAGAAACAGAAACAGGAAAAUGCCUAUCAGAUUCUCUGCGUGCGCGCACUAUGGCGCUCAUCACCGAGACUCUGCGGUACGCGUCCGACUUGGAGGCUAGGAUGGGCAUUGGCCAAUGGACAAGGCUGAUCCGGCACGACGACAACAGUGCUCGGGUUGGGUGGAACGCAGAAAUGGCAACUCUCAUUUUCAUCAAACACUAUGGUAUCGUUAUUGACACGGAAGGUCUGCAGCUUAACUUCAGACCUGAAGUGGUUGUCAGAUUCGAAGGUGAUUUCUCUCCCCAAUUUCUGAUCGCGGACAAUGUUUCUCGUUUCUUCCCACCUGUGAAGUUCAACCACACGGGAGUUGAUUGCCUUGGAUCAAACCAGAAGCACGUUUUGUGGGUGCAAAUAGCGACUGGGGUGGAUGUGGUAUUGAAGCAUGGAAAUACGCUCUCGCGAUUUUUGGAGAUGACAAAAGGUGACGCGCGAGAGAAGGUUCUUGUCUGGAUCUUGGCAGUGGACAGUGCUGAUAAGAUAUGGAUACGCAAUGGCGUGGGUUACAAGGAGGUGUUCAUUUGUUUUGGCCGUUUGAGUGAAAUGCUGAAAGUCAUCGACGUUGCAUGCGGCAAGCUGCAUCUCGAGAGUAGCAAGCACGUCAAGUUGGCAAGCAACCCUGAAGAAGCUAAAGCUGAGGCGGAGGAGUUGAAAAAGCUUGGUCGGUGUGGUUCCUUGAGCACGGAGAGUGGAAAGCCGUGUCGGCGUCUUCGUGGUGCCCAGCCAUAUUGCCAUCACCACGAUAAGCGUCCUUGAAUAAUCUUCAGCCUUAGAUGUUUACAUUUAAUGGGGAAUUCUAGGGCAUCUGGUGGCAAAGCUUGUGCUUCUCGACGAUGGCAGUGAUGGUGAGGCUGACAGAUAAACGAAGUGAGUGCUGUGGAGGAUUUCCAUCCUUGUCCCCAGGAUUUUCCAGAAGUUGCUUAGCCAGAACAUCUUUCAGGUACACUGGUUUCUUCCUCUCCUUCAAAACCUUCUCUUCCUCGAUUUCAUCACCAUUGUUAUUGGAAAACUUCACCUUUUGGCU